AUGAAUUUCAUUAAUGAAUCAGAAAUUAAUGGUGUUUAUAUUUGUUUUUUCGAUCAGAACCAUGAUGUAGAUAAUGAAGAUACUGAGAUUGAUUAUGAAAUUAAUUCAAAAAGUGCAGAAGUGUAUAAUCUUGUGAAACAACUUCCAGCACAAAAUGCAUUUAACAUUUUUAUAGAUAAUUAUUUUUCAAGUGUUAAUUUGUUCAAUUUUCUUCGAGAAAAGGAAUAUGGUGCAUGUGGCACUAGUUUGCCAAUUCCAAAAGUAGUAAAUAAUUAUAACAUUUACAUAGGUGCUGUAGAUAUUGCAGAUCAACUCCACAUGGCUCUUGUAAAUUCAUAUAUUAUAAGCAAAAGUUUAGCUUUAUGUAAUGAACUCAAAACCUUCAAGUUAGAAUUAGUUCGAAUUCUAAUCAAGGAUGCAGCAGUUAAUCCUCUCAAAUGUACAAUGCGAAGUGAAGAACAAAACCUGCCUGAGAAAAAAGCUGAAAAUAAGAAAGAGAGCUUGUCUGUGGUGUUGGUAUUUGCAAAAAAAAAUGAUGAACUGGCUUUACAGAAUCUACCUCAAUCUCAUUUAUGGUGUAGUAAAUAUGAUGUUGCACUGUGUUAUAACAAAGAACGCUCAUGUUUUAGGGAUUUUCAUACUCUUAAAGAUUAA